AUGAUGCAGCAGGAAAAGAAACUAGCCAAGGAGGCAGCACAACUCAAACCCUUUCCGGUAGCACUGAAGCAAUUAAGCAGUGAGAGUUUUAACGACCGCGAAGAAGCGCAAGACACUGAAACUAGUCAUGAAUCGAACUUUCCUUCCACGUACCACAUGCCCUACGAGCGCCUUAGUUUAAAGAUUUCCAAAUCGGAUGCGUCCCAUGAGGCAGAUUUAUCGACAGGGGCGUGGUUGUCUGAUUACGAAUAUUAUGAUGAAGAUCAGCAAGAUGAGGAAGUGUCGUUCUACGGUACUCCUGACCCCGAAGAACCGGUGUCACAAAUACCCUGCGGAGGCUGUGGUGCUCUUCUGCACUGCAUCGAACCGAGCAUUCCCGGUUACCUGCCCAGCCAGCUGUUUAAAGGGAAAUCGAAAGGACAGCUCAUGACUACCAUUUGCCAACGGUGUCACUUUUUGAAGAACUACAAUCUAGCGGUGAAUGUGACAGUUUCAUCGGAAGACUACACCGAAAUGCUGCUCUCCAUCAAAGACAAGAAAGCAUUGGCAAUAUUGUUGGUGGAUUUGCUCGAUAUCCCCUGCUCGAUAUGGCCCGGGCUUGCCGACGUUUUGGGUCCACAGCGUCCGAUAAUUGUCGCAGGAAACAAGAUUGACCUGAUCCCGCAGGACUGUUCGGGUUAUUUGGAAAAUGUGCGCCAGUGCCUAACUAAGACCAUUAUAGAUGCAGGUUUCUCGCGAAACAACAUUAAGCACGUGUCACUUAUUUCCGCCAACACCGGUUUUGGCGUGGAGGAGCUCAUCACCAAAAUCCACAACGUCUGGGGGACGCGAGGUGACGUGUAUCUGGUCGGUUGUACGAACGUGGGCAAGAGCACACUCUUCAACACAUUGUUGCAGUCUGACCUGUGCAAGGUGCAGGCCACCGAUUUGGUUCAGAAAGCAACGGCCAGUCCCUGGCCUGGUACCACUUUACGCAUGCUGAAAUUCCCAAUCCUUCGACCAUCGGACUAUCGACUUUUCCAGCGAACGCAACGCUUACAACACGAUCGACACAAACUGAGGGCCGUACCUAGCCGGAAGCAUCUCGAACGGAGCAAGCAACAGGAGCCGGCGACGAUGAUUGGUUACAUUGGGCGCACGUUCGACAAGGAGCGCCAGGAAACGCUGGACGGGUUUUCAGUCACGCAGCGAACCGGCGCCAAUACUCCGAUUCCAAUGCUGAACGAAAAGAACGAAGUCUACGCCCGCAGUAAAUGGUGCUACGAUACACCGGGGGUCGUACAGCCGGAGCAAAUUCUGGACCUGCUAACGACGGAGGAAAUACUUCGCACCGUCCCCAAUCGCACGAUUCGUCCCCGUGCAUACCUUCUGAAGAAAGGAAUGACCAUUUUCCUAGCUGGUCUCGGACGCCUAGACUACGUCGAUGGGCCGGAGUCCGUUCGAGUAAUGCUGUACGCGGCUCCGACGCUUCCAACACUCAUCACCUACACAGCCGAGGCUGCUGAGCUGUACGAUGCGAUGCUCGGUUCGCCACUGCUGGCAAUUCCUACCGGUGGCCAGGAACGUUUGAGCAAGUGGCCACCGUUGCGAGCCGCGCCGGAUAUCCUGCUGUACAGUACGCACGAAAAGCAUCUGGCUUUGUGUGAUAUUUUGCUUUCAUCGGCCGGUUGGUUCGCCAUUCAUCUGGCGAAAGGUGCAGAAGCUGUCUUUCGAGCUUGGACUCCCGAUCGGCGGGGAGUGUACGUUCGACAACCACCACUGCUUCCGAAUGGAAUGGUGCUAAGGGGAAAGCGCAUCCGUGGAUCGUUGGCCUACCGAUAUGGGAAACCGUUUCAACCGUUUCAAGCUUAA